AUGGCGGCCACGCAACUAGCAGUAGCAGGGGACAGGAACGUUGACGACAACUCCGUCAUCCCAUCGGAACCCGCGGCUACUGCGACUGCUAAUGCUACCACUAUCACCAACACUACCAACACUACACUCUCCUCCAGGGCCACCCCCUCAACCCCGGCCCCUGCACCCGACGCCACCAACGCAGAGUCGUACGAGGCCCAGCACGUCCACCAGGUCUACAACACCAUCGCGCCGCACUUUUCCGCGACCCGCCACAAGCCCUGGCCCCUAGUCGCCGCGUACCUGGCCUCGCGCCCACCGGGCUCCCUGGGCCUGGACGUCGGCUGCGGCAACGGCAAGUACCUGUCGUGCGUGCCGGGGACCUGCUUCGCCCUAGCCAGCGACCGCAGCGACCAGCUGGUCGGCCUCGCGGCACGCUCCGCCGGCCAACAAAAACAACAAAACAACCAGGCCUUGGUGGCAGACGGCCUGGCCCUGCCGUUCCGCGAUGCCCGCGCCGAUUUUGCCAUCUGUAUCGCCGUCGUGCACCACAUGAGUACGCGCGCCCGACGCGUCGCCGCUGUGGCCGAGAUCCUGCGUUGCCUGACGCCGCCGGGUCCGUCGUUUGACGAUGCCGAUCUUGGUGCCGAGUCCGGCAGGGCGGGAGGCGGCGGGACCGUCAUGAUCUUCGUCUGGGCGCUGGAGCAGUCGUCUAGCCGGAGGGGUUGGGGUGAGGGAGGGGAGCAGGACCUUUUGGUGCCUUGGGUCAUGAAAGGAGAUCAGGGCAGAGAGAAGAAGAAAGGAAUUCAAAAACGCCCCGCCGCCGUUGAUGGCCAAGAGGGGCAGAAAAUUGGACAGGAUGUAGAGAAAAGUUCCCCGCAAGCCGUUGGCAAGCCUGAUCAGACGUUCCAGCGGUAUUACCACCUGUAUAGAGAAGGCGAGCUUGAAGAGGACAUUAUCGCGGCCCAAGGGCGGGUGCUAAGCAGUGGUUAUGAUAGAGAUAACUGGUGGGCCGUCGCUAGCAGAGCGGCACCGUCCUAG